ACUCGAAACUGUCGCUUCAAUGUUUUCAAUGUCACGACGUCGACAGACAGGCACUACGCAUUACCACUGAUUACAAUCGCAGGGAUUUAUAGCUUGGCAUUUAGUUAUCCCCGUAGACUCUUUGCUGUGGACGUCCCCGAUGACCUACAAAGAGGAGCACGAAGCAUUUGUCUCCAAUCAUCAUGGAACGAGCUUAUGGGAAAUCUUUCUGCUGACAGCCUUGCUGCCACCACUAUGCAACUACACCUAUUUUGCUAUACGUCCUAGGCUGGUGUUUGAAUGGCCAAAAUGGUCAGACCAUGUGAUCCAGUUUCUGUCACUGGCUUUCCCGAUCCUGCUGCUGUUUACGUACUUCGCCGACGUGUCCUGGCUGAUUGGCGUACCUUUCUUGGUGCUGCCUGUUCUGCACAUUACCAAUGUGUUUACCUCAACCGGUUUGAGUUCAGCUCAUUCCGCAACUAGUGGGCCUCUGGCAUCAGCUGUCACCGCUCUGCGUGCCUUCAUCAACAUAGCAACUGCCGUGGCCAUACUGGGAGUUGAUUUCGCCGUAUGGCCGCGCCGCUUGGCCAAGGUCGAGACGUUCGGCACUGGCCUGAUGGACGUGGGCGUUGGCCAAUAUGUGUUCUCCAUGGCGCUGGUGUCCCGCGAAGCGCGGCAGAAGCCGCGAGAGAGUUUGCUGCACGGCUGGAAGACAUUCCUGGCCCUUGUGGUUCUCGGCAGCGGUCGUCUCCUGACCACCAAAGCUGCAGCCUACCAAGAGCACACGAGCGAGUAUGGCGUGCACUGGAACUUUUUCUUCACGCUGGCUGCACUAAAGAUUUUUACCCUACUGAUUUCUGCGGUGUGGCAAAACAAAGCACCAUCACUACCAACUGCAUCAUCCACCAGCUUCUGGUCCCCUCUUAUCACUGGCGGCUUGCUUGGGAUUACGUAUCAAGUUCUCCUGGAGAACGCUGGCUGGUCAGAGUUUAUUCAGCAUUCCUGGGCGGGUGACGGUGCUCGCGGUGACUGGAUAAGUGCCAACCGAGAAGGUCUCCUAUCGUCACUGGGCUAUUUCUCCCUGUACAGCUUGUCGGUGCAGCUGGGCAGGUGCUUGUGGAGUGGCCAAAGACGAAUGCGGUGUUCACUUUUGUUCUCACUUGUACCACUUGUGCUGUUGGAAACUCUCUCGCUGGCUGGAAUCGUGCAGCCUAUCUCAAGGCGCAUGGCUAACUUGCCUUUUAUCCUCUGGCAGGUACAUCUUGGCACAUCCGUCUUGCUAGCUUUUUAUGUGUUGUACGGCUAUAUGUUGCCAACGCAAAUCGUGAAGCAAGCAGCUGUAACGAAUACUGCUGCAGGUCAACUUGUAAACGUUGAGUCCCCGUCGCCUCCUGUCUUGCUGUCGGCCAUCAGCCAUAACCAACUGCUGUUUUUCUUGGCUGCAAACUUGGGCACAGGUAUCGUAAAUAUGUCAAUGAAAACGAUUUAUGUGUCGAAUUUGACUGCCAUGUGCAUCCUGUCAAUCUACCUGGCCGUGUUAUGUAUACUGGCCAUAGCAUUAUACGGCAAGCCACCGGAAAGGAAAAGCCAAUAGGUGUACUUACAGUCCAUUUCAAAACUAUAGACGCGUAGGGUUUUUGAAAUAUUUCAAAUUUGGCUGGAACCUUUUGAGAAUAGUUUUCGGAAUAUUGCUCAGGAUCGCUCCACAAUUACUCUCAUAUAGUCUCUAAACGAUUGGAUAACAGACGCCCAAUUUGGAAAAAAAUUAUGCACAAAGUGAUCACAGAUUUUAUGUGGUAUAGAUGCUGGCAUAACGGUUUUUGCCUAGGUACGCGUCUAUAGUUUUGAAAUGGACUGUAGUAGUUUUUUUUUAUAGGUAAUCUGACACUUUCUUACCCUAUGAUUCGUGACACUCCUGGCAUAUUCGAUUUGGUGCGCCCUUCAUUGCACACUUGACUUUUUAUUUAUGGUCCCUACACUGCUGGGCACCUUCCCGUUCUAAACAUGUGCACAUAGUUUGAUGUACAAUGAAUGAGAAUAGUCCAUAGGUUUCAUGCUGGUAUGCCUGCUGGUAGGUGCAGACUACUUUGUAAGGACACUGAAUUAUUUAUGCUGGUCAUAGAAUAAUGAUGCUGCUCUAUUCUUGGAACAAUAGCGUUUGGAAUAUCUCUGA